AUGCUCACCACCCGCGGUGCCGUUGCACGCCUCUCAAAGAGGGCCUUCAAGAGCGCGAAGCAAACGAACGCGUUCUUCUCCUCUGCUGCCCUUGCACACAGGGCGACCCUCCCUGCUCAACAGCACCAGCGUCCCGCUGUCCCCCGUGUCUCCCCUACCGCCCCCUCAGUCUCUGCCCGUACAUAUGCGACAGAGGCAAAGGGUGCGGCUGGCCACGUAAAAACCGUCAUCGGUGCCGUCGUCGACGUCCAGUUCGAGACUGACAACCUCCCUCCCAUCCUCAAUGCCCUUGAGGUCCAGGACUUCUCCGGAGGCCGUCUCGUCCUCGAGGUCGCGUCUCAUCUCGGUGAGAACUCCGUCCGUACCAUUGCCAUGGACGGUACGGAGGGUCUUGUCCGCGGCACCAAGGUUGUUGACACUGGUGCUCCCAUAAUGGUUCCCGUCGGUACUGCUACCCUCGGUCGUAUCAUGAACGUCAUCGGCGAGCCCAUUGACGAGCGUGGUCCCAUCAAGGGUGUCAAGCUCUCCCCCAUCCACGCCGAGCCCCCUCCGUUCGUCGACCAAUCCACCACCGCUGAGGUCUUGGAGACCGGUAUCAAGGUCGUCGAUCUCCUCGCGCCUUAUGCUCGUGGUGGAAAGAUUGGUCUCUUUGGAGGUGCCGGUGUCGGCAAGACUGUCUUGAUUCAGGAACUCAUCAACAACGUCGCCAAGGCUCAUGGUGGUUUCUCCAUCUUCUGUGGUGUCGGUGAGCGUACCCGUGAGGGUAACGAUCUCUACCACGAAAUGAUUGAGACCGGUGUCAUCAACCUCGAGGGUGACUCCAAGGUCGCUCUCGUUUUCGGUCAGAUGAACGAGCCUCCUGGUGCCCGUGCUCGUGUCGCUCUUACCGGUUUGACCAUUGCUGAGUACUUCCGUGAUGAGGAAGGCCAGGAUGUGUUGCUCUUCAUCGACAACAUUUUCCGCUUCACUCAGGCUGGUUCCGAAGUGUCUGCUCUUCUCGGACGUAUCCCCUCUGCUGUCGGUUACCAACCCACUCUCUCAACGGACAUGGGCGGCAUGCAAGAGCGUAUCACCACCACUAAGAAGGGUUCCAUCACCUCAGUACAGGCCGUCUACGUGCCCGCUGAUGAUUUGACUGAUCCCGCCCCGGCCACCACCUUCGCCCACUUGGACGCCACCACUGUAUUGUCUCGUGGCAUUGCUGAGCUUGGUAUCUACCCUGCUGUCGACCCUCUUGACUCCAAGUCGCGUAUGCUGGACCCUCGUAUUGUCGGCCAAGAGCACUACGACGUUGCCACUGCUGUGCAAAAGAUCCUCCAGGACUACAAGUCGCUGCAGGAUAUCAUUGCCAUUCUCGGAAUGGACGAGUUGUCUGAGGAGGACAAGCUGACCGUCGAACGUGCGCGCAAGAUCCAACGUUUCAUGUCGCAACCUUUCCAGGUCGCCCAGGUCUUCACUGGUUAUGAGGGCAAGCUCGUGUCCCUUAAGGACACCGUCCGUUCCUUCAAGGAGAUCCUCUCCGGCGCCCACGACUCCCUUCCAGAGUCCGCGUUCUACAUGGCUGGCACUAUCGAGGACGUCAAGGCCAAGGCUGAGCAGCUCGCUAAGGACAUGGCCUCAUAA